AUGGCCACACUGAAUGGGCCCAAGCUGCCCAGCGGGGGCACUUAUAUACCUCUACACGAGGGAGAAUCACGCAUUCGUGACUCUUCUUCCACGUCUACAGACGCGGAUGUGUUAGCAAUUCUCCUGAGGGUCGAUAGCUACCUAUGGGCAAGAUGGUUCUUGAAGACUGUCUCUAAGGGGGCGCAUUUAGAAUCCCAGGACACGAUUCCCCCGGGAAGCGCCCUCACUACUCUGCCAGUGUGUAACGAGUCAACCUCCCUGAGUGCACCUAGCGAGCGAGCCUUCAGCUUGGCGGUCGCUGUAAACAACUCUGGCCCACUGACUCGGUCAUAUAUCAUGGUCUACCUACUGUUCUUGGUUAUAUGUAUGGAGCCGUAUUAAUAUCCAUGCUUGGGGAUGACUAGCAGAAAUAUAGUCAUCCCA